CUCUAUCUCUCUCUCCCUCUUCCUAAACACGGCGGAAGUUUUCAUAGGCUGCAGACCAAAGAAAAGAGGCAGCGGAGAUGCUGUUGUAUCAUUUUUAGCUGAUAAAGACACAGGGAGCCUCACACGAGAAGAUGCUUUUGUUUAAGGGAAGAUGGAACUGUGUUUGGAAACAGUAGAGUUCUAUAUACUGAACAGAAUUAUUCUUCUAACUUAAAAUCGGUUUUCAGAAAUUUUCUUUUUUUCUUUUUGUUUUCACCAAUUAUUUUCCUUUUUUGCGUUGAUCUUGUUUUGUUUGUUUCUUUGCUUUUUGUUAUCACUUUCAAAUGGACUGUUCUAUAUAUUUUUUUGUUUGAAUGACGUGAAAGGAAAACAAAAAAAAAGAAGAAGAGGAAAACGAGUUAACUGGCGUCUGGCAUUUGUGAGCACAAAGGGACGAUGAGAGAUUUUUUUUGUAUUACAGAUGAGGAACUGAUUCCAGAGGAAGACGAUAUGCCAUCGUUCAGAUGCAGACAAAAUGGAAGGACAAGGACAAACUGUAUCAAAUGUCAGAAGAAUCUGUCUCUUCAGAACUCAGUGAAGGUUUUAUAUGUCUUCAUUGUCAUUCUUAUCAUAGCAGUUGUAGUUCUUGCUUCAUUAGUGUUUAGAAAAGUAAACUCGUUGUACGAUGACUUGAGCACAGCGCAGAAUUUUUACGACAACAAGAUUGUAUCGGUUCAAAAGAACAUCAACGAUCUGGAUGAGAAGUCCGUGGGUAACUGCUCCUAUUGUCAUGAUGCUGCUUACUUGGGACAGGAGAUCAGUAAACUUCACAAAGAAUUGGCCGAGAUUCAGAAGAUGAUUUUGGUCCAAGAUGUGUUGUUAAACCAAACAUCUCAUAGUCACAAGACACUCACCAGUAGCAGCAAUAAAAUGGAUACUGACAUGGAGAGAAGCAAUUUCUCCCUUCAGCAAAUCAAUGAAACACUUGGACUUUUUUUGACAGAGGUCAAAGGUUGGCAGAGAGCCACAUCGGAGCUGGACUCCACUGUGAAGACUCUGGUACAGGAACGCUAUGAUAUAAACGUUGCGGUUCAGCAGGUUAAUAUCACAUUGGGUCAAACAUCGGAGUGGAUUCAUGUUAUCCAAAGGAAAACUGACGAGGAAACGCUGACCUUACAAAAGAUUGUUUCGGAUUGGCAAACUUAUAACAACAUUUUCACUGGAAUCAAAUCUACGUCAGCUAAAGCUACUGAACAGGUCACCAACCUGCAAAGUAAAAUCGCAACCACAGCCCAGAAGAUUGGUUUGAACAUGGAAGUGAUACAUGAUUUAGUUUUACAAGUGAUGGGACUUCAGUUGCAGCUGGAUAACGUUUCAGCGUCAUUGGAUGACCACGACGAGAACAUGCAGGAUCUACAAUACCAUUCCAAUUAUACCCAGAAUCGGACAGUCGAACGGUUUGAGAGCUUGGAAGGUCGGAUGAUAUCUCAUGAAACAGAAAUCAUGACUAUAUUUACUAACAUCAAUGCUACCGACAACCAUGUACACAGCAUGCUAAAGUAUCUUGAUGAUGUCCGGCUUUCUUGCACCCUGGGAUUUAACUCACACGCUGAAGAAUUGUAUUACCUUAAUAAAUCUGUCAGCCUCAUGCAGGGCAGCACUGAUUUAAUAAGAGAGAGAUUUAGCUUUCUCAAUGCCCGGCUCGAUGUAGAUAUGCGGAACAUCUCAAUGAUUAUGGAGGAAAUGAAACUGGUAGACACCAGGCAUGGCGCAAUUCUCAAAAAUUUCACCAUCCUACGAGGUUCACCAGGUCUUCCUGGGCCACGAGGAUUCAAAGGGGAUGUAGGAACCAAAGGCUCUGAAGGUACAAGAGGAGAAAAAGGAGAUAGAGGUGAAAUUGGAUAUCCCGGCAGUCAAGGAGCUCCUGGCAUUCGUGGUGCGACUGGAUUACAAGGAAUAGAAGGAUCCGCUGGAGUAAAAGGCAUGCAGGGUAUAAAGGGGGAAAAAGGCAGCAUGGGCCCACCAGGUACAAAAGGACAAAUUGGACCAAAAGGUGAUGUUGGCCCUAAAGGUCCCGAUGGACCUUCUGGGGGAAAGGGGAUUCCAGGGUUACCUGGACCUUCUGGCUAUCCUGGACUUCCUGGAAUGCCUGGCAAAGUUGGACCAAAGGGUGAAAUUGGAAUUCGUGGUUUAGACGGUCAUCCUGGUCUGCCUGGUCUGCCUGGGCCAGCAGGGCUACCAGGACCACCUUCUACCUGAAAUGUAGAUCUAUAUUUCAUGCAAUCAGUAUCUAAAAUCUGACUCAUGUUGGAAAUUUGUUUGACAAUGAGUUGAAGACCUCCACAGUUUUCUAAAGGAUACAUUGCCUGAAGGUACAUGUAAACAUAAUUUGACAUGUAAUCCAUGCAUCUGGUUAGUGGGCUCGAGUCCAAUACAACAGGGACAAAGUCUUUCCUUCGUUUGCCUGAAUUUGCACCAACUGAAUUAAAGAAUUGUCUUAAUAAGUAACUUGGACUUUGAAGAAUCCUGCACAGGCUGCAUACUAUUUUGCUUCACAUAUUAUGAAACUACAUGUUUUAAUGUAUUCCUUUCAUUACAUUAAUGGGGACAUUACCUAGUUCUGUCCAG